AUGGAACAAGUUCUUACCAUCACGGCCUGGGGGAUCUUUAGUUUGAAUUUACAGAUGUCGAUGAAGAUGCAAAAGAUUGUCAACCUGGCGCUCCCUGUAUCCAAGGUACAUGUUGGAGGCGAUCAUGAACUCGACUGGACUCCAUAUCCGCGGUCAAAUCAGAUCUCUUAUGUCACAAAGCCAGCACACCUUCCUCGAGUCCGACAGGGCCCCACCGAAUUAACGUAUAUCAUGCUGCAUCUUCAAGAGUUUCUCUAUGACAAGACUAUGAGCUUUCAAACAUUAUUCGCAGAAGUGGAAAAUCCAUACAAUCCUUUGCGAUGGUGGCUGGCGGGCUGGCCAGAUGCGUCAAAGACCGGGAAAGAGCCGAUCCCACAAUUUCUCGUUCUACGCAUCAAAUUCCUCCAGGCGACCAUGAACCUUCUCGAGAUGCUAAUGGAGCGUGAUCAACAAAGCUCUAUGAUCAACCAAUUGCGACAGACGUGGUGUCAGCAAGCCGAGGAAAUGGCCCAAUGCCUUCAUAUCUACCGUCAGUCCUUUGGCCUCAGACAUAUUCCCAGUCAGGUGGUCGACGCAGUACAAACUGCCCUCCCGGUCCUUGUGCAUCGGCUAGAGGACGCCGAUGACAACAGAGGCGUUUACCGAACUCUAGCGUUUUGGAAUAGCCCUGAAUUGGAAGAUUCAACCAGCCGCAGAAAUCAUUUGCAAGAUUCAAUUGUUGUCACAAAGCGGGGUGGUGAGACUGCUCACUCAGGCUAUCGCGAUCCUUGA